AUGGGCGAGACGAACAAACUGCGCAUCGGCUAUGUACCGGAGCACUUUGCAGCUCCGCUGCACCACCUCGCUGCCACUGACUGGGGCAAGCAGAACAUCGAGCUGGUCUCGCAACCUUCGGGGACAGGUCAGAUGCUGACGUCGCUCGACGCGUCGGAGACCAACGGACAAACGAUUGAUGUAGCCGUCGCUCUCACCGAAGCGCUGAUCACGGGCAUUGCCAAAGGACGAAGCGACUACAAGCUCGUGGGCUCAUACGUACGCACUUCGCUCAACUGGGCGGUGAUCACGGGUACGCAACCGUAUGCGUCGUCGUACAACUCGAUCGACGAUCUAAGGCGAACCAAGAUCGGCAUCUCUCGCAUCGGCAGUGGAAGUCAGAUCAUGGCUAGCGUCAUGGCGUUGCAGCACGGAUGGAACACGAGCGCUACGAGCGGUGCUGGUGCCGAGCUCGAGUUCAAAGUCAACGACACUUUUCAGAAUCUGCGCGAUGGUGUCAACGGCAAAGAGGGCGCACAGACGAGCUGUUUCAUGUGGGAAUGGUAUACCACCAAGCCCUACGUCGACUCGGGCGAGCUGAGAUUUAUCGGCAACGUCCCCACACCCUGGCCUAGUUGGACGAUCGCUGCUUCGUCCAACACUGCCCUGGCGCCUCACCACGCGGUCUCUAGCAUCCUUCCCGAUUUCCUCAACCGACUGCAACAGAGCAUCCGAGACUUUGCCAACCCUGAAACCAGACAGAACGGAAGCGCCCUGCAAUGGAUCGUUGCACACCACCAGUACAAGCAGCAAGACGUGCAGAGCUGGUUGGACACCGUCAGGUGGGCUGGUGAGCAAACACCCAAUCCGACCUCGCUCAAGCUUCCCAGCACCGGACAGAAUACAUCCACUACCACCAUCUCGAGCCAAACAAUCAAAGACACGCUCCACGUUCUCGAAAACGCUGGUGUCGUCAAUGCCGAUAUCGCCGUUCACGCGUUUGUCGACUCUGAAAGUCGUCUGGUAGAGUAA